AGGGGAAGAGGAGGCAAGGUGGCGGCAGGGAGAACCAGGGGGAGAGAAUGGUCGGGGAACAGUCUGGAUGCCCACCUCAUCUCCUCCUGUGGGGAUGGAGAACUAUGCUGCUGUCUCAGUGCCUGUCCUCCGUGCUCUCCCAGGUCCCGGAUCCUGAGCUUUUACCCACAGAGCCCCCGAAGAAGCCGGACCCUGUCACCUCAGAAACUGUCGUUUUCUGGGGGCUGAGAUUAUGGCAGGUCAUUGGAAUCUUUUCAAUAUUUGUUUUGGCUGUUGUUAUUACUCUGUGCUGUAUUUUCAAAUGCCGUAUUCCACGGACAAAAAAGGAAAUUGAGGCACGGCAUGCACAAAGAGAAGCUGCCAAAAAAUAUGCCAACACAUUAGAGACAGUGCCACCGCUGGAAGAGCUAACUGAGAUCCCAGGAUCUGCAAAACCAGAAGAAAAAACUGAGGUUCCAACAGUGUCCGGGAAAGUGGAUGGUGAAAAAGGAGAAAAGAAGAGCAAGGACGGAAAGAAAGACAAGAGUGCCAAAGAAGGGAAAGAAGAUGACAAGGAAGCUUCUACAAAAAAGAAGGGUGAAAAGGGAGAGAAGGGGGAGAAGGGGGAAGGAAGAGCAUCCAAGAAAGAAGGUGGUGAAGGAAAAGGCAAGAAGAGUGACAAAGGAGAGAAGGAUGAAAAAGGAGGCAAAGGAGGUGCUAAAGGGGGAGGCAAAAAAUCACAAAAGUGA